CUACAUAGUCUGUGGUGAUUUUUUGGUGCCCAGUUUUCACGUCGAAUUGCAGCCGUCCAUUUCGCUCUCCUCUUUGGAUCCCUCGGAAUACGGUAAAACUUCAAGUCUCUCCUUCCAUCUUCUCUGUUAGUGCAACCAACAGCCACACACGCCUUCACCAUUUUGAUUAUUAAUGUUAAGGAGCAGAAAAACACGCCGUAAAUAGGAGGAAUGUACGUAGCUGUAACAGGUUAACACUAUGUUUUGACGGACAAUUGGGCGGUACCAUUCAGGAGAGAGGAGUUGUGACGUCACGUGGGUAGGGUCUAUAGGCAAGGACUCUCACGAUUGGGUAGUGAUACAGCAUACUCGAAUCAUACUUGAUUUUUGUGUGUGUUUUGUUUGUUUGUUUUUAAAGCAUAUACGUUGCUAUUCGAGCAAUACAAUUAUACUUUAUAUUUGUGGUACAAUAAGCGAAGACAAACUCAAAUUCGUUGCCAGGAACUAAUUUCCUAUACCCGUGUUCCUCUUCGGUCUCUUCACAUUGAAGAACUGUUUUGUUUUCGCUUUAUUACUUCCGUACUAAAGAUGUUUCCAUUUUUUGACUCUCGAACUUUAAAUGUUGCCCUUUGAUUCCUGAAUUUUUAACACAAUGGGUGAGAAGGAGCUCGCUGCGUUCAGGGAGCGCUGGAAACGGGAAUUGUGGUGUCAAAAAGUGGAGCGGCGGCUCGGUCACUCUUCGUCCUCCAGUUCCAGGAGCGAAAAUAGUGACGCGAGUCCAGGUAAAAGUGAGGGAAAAUCCGAGAACGCUAGUGGCGUGGAAGAGCCUGGCUACGUUUCCAUCGCCAGGGGCUUGUUGGGCGGCAGAACUAGCCCCCUUUUGGAACGACUAGAGGAACAGAGGAUCAAAAGGAAGAAGAAAUAUCGAGACGAUACCGAUUGCUACAGGGAGUCCCUGAGGUACCCUCAGAAAAAAGUCGAGAAAGAUGAGCAGCUGGUAGAUCAACUCAUUGUAGACCUGAAUGAGGCGAAUGACAUCCCUUUUUUUGACAUGGAAUUGCCGUAUGAAUUGGCCCUGAAAAUAUUCCAAUACCUCAACCACACAGAUCUUGGCCGAUGUGCACAGGUGAGCAGAGUGUGGCAAGCUCUGGCCGAGGACGACGUGUUGUGGUUUAGGCUGUUUGCAGCGGAUGGGCUCCGGCGCGACGCCAUUGUGUCAGACUCGCCCUGCUGGAAGGCCACCCUGCGAGACUGCCGUAUAGCGGCAGCUAACGUGCGAGCCAACUGGAAGAAUCGCAUCGGCUGCAUCAGCCAGCUUCAGUUCGAGCUAGGAAAAGUGUUGUGCGACGUCAGCUCCUGUGACAACUACGUCCUUGCAGGGUACUCUUCGGGUGACACAAGGCUGUGGAACACGUCGCAUUGGGACCUGCCGUCAUCUUAUCUCAAAUCCAACCGACUGUCAGCGCUCAGCGAACCCAGGCCGCAUGUCACACACGUGCAGGUUGCUGGCGACGUGGCGGCCGCUGCCUACCGAGACGGUUGUGUGGAUUUGUGGAGCACACAGAUGGGUGGUGAGCCCAUUUAUUACCACCAAACAGCAGGAGUCCACGAGGCCUUGGUCCUCAGCCUGGAUGGCUCGGUCCUGGCUUCCGCCACAGAUUGUGAUGUCAGACUAGACGGUGCUGAUGACUGCGGCACAUGGAAGAUGCUUUCCCUGAUCCGCCUUCCUAAGCCCGUUUACAAUUUGGUGUUGGUGCCCGGCAGCAGGGGUCAGCGACGUGCGCUCACCGCAGCGGCGGCUGGGGAGUCCGUGUACCUGCUUGACGAAGAGGAAGAGCCGAGGACGCUUCACUCGGUGUACGGUCACCCCGUCACUUGCUUGGAUGCCUCUGAGCAGCUCGUCGCGCUGGGAGUCAAGCACAGCAGCUGGACUAUGCAUGAUGGAGGCAACAAGAUCCACGUGUACAACAUAGAGACGGGCAAGGCACUGGCGUGUGUCGGAGAUGCACCAGGCGACUUCACUUGUGUGCAAUUUGAUGAUGUCAGCGCACCGCACAUGAUGCUUUGUGGGAACAAAGACAGGAGGGUGCGUGUGUUUGAUCUGCGAUUGGGUUUGUGCGUGUCGUCUUUGUACGCACACCAGUUGGGUGUGACGUCGGUGCGUGGGGAUGACUGGAAGGUGGUGAGCGGUGGCGGUGAGGGCCUGGUGUGCGUGUGGGAGAUGAGGAUGGGAAGCAAGCUGUGGGAGAUGCACAACAGACAUCCCGUGAAAUACAUUAGUUUCGACAGCCACACGCUGCUGACUGCAAACAUCCCCGACGACAAGACGCCCCGGGGGGCGUGCAUCACUGACGACGACCUUACAGCUCAUCGUAGGCACCGGGGAGUCAUCUGCCACUACGACUUCUCAGAGGACACGGAAGCCCGUGAAAGCGUCCUUCCAAUUUGCAGGUCUGACUACGAUCAAUCUCACGGCUACAACUACAACAUCGCACUCGCCAUGCCCUACGACUACCUCAGGUGACCGACAAAAGUUGGGACUUCCAUCGGACAACUUCUUUGCAUGAGUUUAUGUUCGCUGGCCACAACUUUAGAGACACUCGCGACUCAACGGAAGAGUUACGGUCAGGUGUUUGUUCAAAAAAGGGUGUUUAUGAUGGAUUGCAAUUUGGAAAGUUUAUUAUUGUUGAAAUCCGCCCCCCAAGGCGCACGGGGACAGCGACGGCCGAACAAAGUGCCGCUCUGCCGAUGCUGCCCCCGCGCGCGCCGACCGGGAAGGCCGAACCUCCGCGUUUUCUUAUUUUUAACCCUUUGUACUGACUCCAUGUUUCAAAAGCUUGAAGAACACUCACCGAAAACAGGUUGACAAUUUAUUUGUUGACAAUGGUAAAAACAAGGCAAAAACAGACAACGGAGGAACAAUUCUGGAUCCAAAACAAGGCUACAUAUUUCCGAGCAGCAAAAAUCUGUGUUAUCUCAGUGUCCAGUCUUUUUAAAGUCUUUGCUGAAGCGGGCCGUGUCGAAGGCGUGUCCGAAGGUGUGUCUGGGCGUUGCGUUUGGGUCUUCCCCUCGGUGGCCGGUUUUGGGCGGCUUAGGUUCGUGCGCGAAGUGGGACGCCCGCUAUCAACUUUGCUGUCCGGGCUGGCUGUACUUGUUUUAGGACAAAGCGCUUUGUCCUUGGAGUUUGCUGGAAUAGCUGAUUGCAAGAGUUGGUGCGUCAAUCUUGUGAUAAGACGGCAUUGUGUAUCUCUUCUAUUUCUUCUCAUUAAACUAUGGUGUGCUAUUUAUUUUAUAUUAGUAGUGUAGUCCUACCGUAAAUAUGAAAAUGAUACUAUUUCCUUAUUAAUUAUAUUACGUGUGUUAAUGCAAACAGUUAGACGGUGCCUACGAGAACCUGUACCAUAUGUAUGUGUUAGACUAUAUACUGUAUGUGUUAGACUAAUGCAAACAAUGAUAUGGUGUGUGCGAUGACGAUAUAUUUUCCCCUUCAAUCCCCCUCACGAGCCCCGACAGGGGUUCGUAAAAACAUGGAUGUGGCCUUAGAACUUAGCUUUAUCAAGUGGUGGAAGAAAUGUAGCAAUUGAUGAACAGUUUAAACAGGGAUGUGCGAAAUUUGCAAGUCCCCCUCAGGACUCCUGUUAAGUACUCUCUAAAACAGUAUGAUACCGCCUCAAAGGGUUAAUCCUUGGUUGUCUUUGGUCCCGUGGCUAUAGGCAUCAGCUCACAGUGCCCUCAUUGUACAGGUGCAUUGAGACAGAUUUUUUCAUGAUCAAUUAGACGGGCUACCAAUUAAGUUUGUCCUGUCGCUAGGAAAAAUGAGAUAUACAUUCAGUUAAAUUUGGCCCCAUAAAAAAUAAAGUUAAUCUUUAGUUAGGAAAAAUGAGAGACACACUAAGCUAAAUUUGGUCCAUUGAAUAAAAACCUUUAAAUUAGGAAAAGUGAGAACCGUACUGAGUUAAAUUGGGUCCAAUAAAUUAAAAUUUAAGUAGCCCCCUUUUCAACUUUCGUAACGUUAGGGUCAACCCCCACCUGUAGUAAGAGGGAACUGUGCGCAGCCCUGAACAAAAAGUAUUGCAACAGUGUGUCAAACACCUCAGAACAGUUUUUAAAGGAGGAAAAAGAACAUCACUGACAAACUACUACAUCUACAAAUAGCACAGCAAAAAACAUUCCCCCACUGACUAGAGAAUGGUGAAAAAGCGGUACCGUACCAAAGCGGAAUGUUGCAAUACAGAAAAACUUUGACACAAUGAACUCGAAACUCGAAAUAAACGUCUUCACCCCUUACCAGUUGUUGAAAAUGAUGGACACAGACACCUGUAGGAAAACUUUAUUCCACCCCAAUUAAAGAAAAACUUUAUUCCGCCCCAUUUACCAAAAAAUGAAUAAAUAUCCUAAUUAAAAAAUAUAUAUAUAAAAGUGAUAAAAGUUAUAUUCUCCACCCCAAAUGACAAACAGUGGCUAAAGGCUAAAGAAUAAAAAACUGGGACUUAAAAAUGGCACAAAUCUACCGAGUACUAUGAUUUAGAACCUAACGAAAAAAUACAGUGGUACCUCUACAUACGAUCACUUCGACGCACGAUCUUUUCGACAUCCGACGUAAAAUUUGAGCCGCCAUUUGUUUCUACAUCCGACGAGUUGCUCGAAAUACGACGACAUGACAGCACUGCAAACGAACCCACGGUGGAUUUUCUUAUGUGAGAAAUCAACACAGUUUUCAAAAAAAGUUGAUACAGUUGGAGAAACAAGGAAAAAAGUGAUGCUUACCUUUGAAAUGAAGAUGCAAGUUAUAGAAAAAUAUGAGCUUGGGGUGCGCGUCCCUGAACUGGCUCAACAAUACAGCUCCAUGAUCCUCUUAUGACCACCGUUCGCCACUAUUUAUAAGUUAAGGUGACAAUUAUUAUUGUGGUAACAUUGCCAAGGAAAUCGCCAGCUUUGUCACGUUUUUAUCAUUUAUUUAAGAACUUAUCCAACACAAAACGCUCAUUGUCUUAAGCAGUUGACUGCUCUCAGGAAAACGAAAGUAUUAUCUCUACCGCACCGACCUAUCUCACUGGAGACGUCACUUUCGCGGUGCGUUCAGGGACAGUAAAAAGUGUCCGCCAUAUUAGAAUCCGAUUCGUUACAUUAUUUUCAGGAAUAAUUAUUAAUUCUUCUUCUUCUUCUUAUAUUAUUCUGAAUUAUUUAUUUAUAACUUAUUUGUUUUUCUAUGUUUAAUUGCCAUUUGUAACAGUGCCAGCAGUAUUUAUUAAGAAUUUAGUGUAUGUUUUUAGGCUUUGGAACGAAUUAAUUUAAUUAUAAUGUAUUCCUAUGGGAAAAUCCUGCUCGACAUACGACCAUUUCGACUUACAAACAAGGUCCUGGAACGAAUUAAAUUCGUAUGUAGAGGUACCACUGUAGUAGUCUUUGAACAAAAAUCCCAAGAACAAAAAUGAAUUUAUUGUGAUUGUGGAAAUAUAAAACAACCCAGUGAACUUAUAUGACUCGUGUCGAGGAAUUACAAAACCCAAAUGUGACUGCAAAAGAUCGAAAAAAGGUGACGAAAAAAAUAAAACCCUACUACAUAAACAAUGUGUAGUCCCACCACUUACCAACAACGUCAGGGGCACCUUUCCACACCACAUUUCUACCAGCAACAUCCGCAUGUGAAAUCAAUAAAAGGGAAAAAGGAAAGAAAAUCCAAACCUUUUAGUGAAAAAAAUAAUAUAAAAAGAACAAAUAAACAAAAGCGCUAUAGCGACAGGGACCAUGACGCUAAACCUAUGUAUUUCCAUAAUCAAUUGUCGCUUCCUAGGAAAUGGGUCAAAUGGGAAUGGGAAAGGGUCCCUAUUUUCUCCCAGUCUGGAUCAGUCACGGUUGUCCCCUCUGAGUGGAUCCCAGUGUAGCUGUAAUCUGUUCAACUCAAAAGAAUACAGAGCUGCCAACAUACUUUAAACAAAUCACCAAUUAAAGCAUAGAACGACUUAGCCUUUGCGUAGAACACAAACAAUGAGUUUAAAGUGUCUAAAAUAUAAAGUGGUACCUACAGGAAAGUUAAUCAUUAGAAAGUGAAAAUAAAAUAAUAAAAGUAAAGAAUCUUAAUCAAAUACAUCUGGGACUAUGUGGUGUACUUAAAAUAUGUCACGUAAUCACGUUUUAGUUUUGCCUAAUGCCCGUGAGACAUCUAAGGUAGGGUAAUAUCUCUAACAUUUAAAUACUCUCUCAAUCUCAAAAGGACCUGAAAACAUUCACCUCGACGAAACACAGCAUCGUCAGCUGGGGUGAGUAUGAAACCGUGGGAUAGUCGUGACGACUGUCCCUUGGCGAUGAACCAUUAUUUUGAGAGCACCUGUUCUCACAACCACCAGCUCACGGCUCGUGCAGUACAUUGUCGCAUGUCACAGCCCUGAGGGAAUAAGUGGGGUCUGGAAUCAAACCUUUGAUCCUCCAACCAUUGGUGAUCCCUUCUCCCACCCGCGCAACCGGUGGUCCGUGUGCCGGUGCGAUGGCUCCGCAUGUCACACCCAGCUCCAGCUCAGCUAGCGUUCAGAGUGAAUGUCUUCCCAUCCUGUCAACAUACACAUCUGGUGUUUCAGGGGAUCGAUAAAUAGAAAUAAGGAUAAACUUAAGAAUAGCCGAUUUGUCAUACUUACUUAUCAUAACUGGGCCUAUUUGGAACCUUACCACCUGAAACAAUGAACAACAGCACCCGUCUCAAAACUCCAACAUGUGAUGUGGCAGACCAUUAUCCUUAAACCUUGAAAUCUUUUGGGAAACAAUGUGGUCAGGGAAAACUUUAGAUCGUGGUAAUGGCCUCUGCGUGCUCCUAAAAUGUGUCGUGUUAUUAAAGCAAUGUGUCAAACUCCAUAUGUCUAAAUUAGUGAUGCACGAUAAUGCAUUUUUCAACCGAUACCGAUAACCGAUAAUUUCCUCCUCAUUCCAACCGAUAACCGAUAAUGUCAAGCCGAUAAUUCUAUUAAAAGAUUUAUGUAAAAUUUUAAAGUAUACACAAAAGAAAAUAUUACUGUGCAAAAAUAUAAUUUAUUGCUCUUUUUUUCAACAUACAGUAUGAACAAGUCGUCAAUUCAAACAUCUAAAUAAUGACAGAUUGUCUGACAUUGUGUAAUGGUAAACCUUUGGCAACAAUUACUUACAGAGUAAAUACCUAAGUUGCACAAAAAUGCGUUUAAAAGUAAGCCAUUCCUAACAUAUAUAACAUUAAUCCGCUGCAAAACACACCUCCUUAAAUCUAGUCAGUUUAAGUGUAAAUCUAUUGGCAAUAAGUGAAAUUAUCUGCGAUUGCUUCAAGUGUAUUUCUCUCAGAUUUCUUGGAAGAAAAAUAGCUAGCUGAAAAUAAUCUUAACAGCCUUGUUUUAAGCAAUACAUUAUUAUACUUAAUCCUAAAAAAAAAAAACUUGAAGAAGGAAAGAUUUUGGAUAAUAUUUGUGGCUACAGAAUAUUGAUUUAAGAAUUUGAUUAUCUACUGUGACUGUAAUUGAGCAGAGAAAUAAGUUAAAUAAUUUGAAAAGUGAUUGCUAAUGUUAUAUGCUUUGUUGCACACUGUGAAAAUGAUUACCUCAAAAGAGCGAGAUGUCAUGUACCCAUUCUGCAGCGCUUUGUUUACAUUUGCGGCUUUCAUGACAUUUGCGUUACCGCAGCUAAACUGCUACACGGCAGUACUAUUUGGACGGAGUUGGAGCUCGCAUCCGCGUGCAUGUUGUUUUGUGCCUGAGUUUUAUUAAGCCGAAAAUAAAGGCAGCGUUACAAAGUCAUCUGACCGCUCGUCAUUUCACAUUCUGAAUGCAUUGUUGACUGGCUGACUUCGUUUUCUCCAUGUUUAAAUUAUCUUAUAACCACUGUGCCGUCAUGAUAAGCUUGCUUACCGGACAUCACUUUUUCAUGAAGAAUGGUGGUCGUAUAAACUGCAUUAUUUCUUUUAUCCAGGGCUUUGGUUCUCGGGUCAUUAAGGUAAAAAAAAACAAAAACGUGUCUCGUCUCGGCGGCGGCGGCAGCUACAUUCGUACAGGAUAAUCCGCCCGCCCCGGCCGGUUCGCCGCGGCGUAUUCGGGUCCUGGCUCUGCUCGCACGCCGUGGGGGAACGCUCGAGAAACCGGGGUGUUCGCCGGAGGUCCAGAGGCCGAGGAAUCGGGCUCGGCCCGCCCCGCCUAUGGCGAGGCGGCGGCGGCCUGCCGGACUGGCCAGAGCGGCGGGCUCCGUCGGAAGACGGCUACUUGCCGACUAUCGGUCUCCAGUAGUGCCGGUGUUUAGCCUUAGAUGCGAAUUUACCACCCGCCUUGGGCUGCAUUCCCAAACAGCCUGACUCUGUAUCGUCACAAGCCCUGUAGUUUAACUUAGUGUUUACAAUAGCUUUAGCAUUCCUGCUAGCAGCAGCCUCGUAUUUGUUCCAAAAUUCUUUGUGAUGCAUUUUUAAAUGGCUGCUGGGUUAGUGGUUUUGAAUGAGGACGCGUUCUUUCUGCCUUGUGGAACUUCUACGGUACAUGUUUCGCAGAUGGCGAGAGCGUCAUUUUUUUUAGUAACAGCCGCCAUAAUAUUCAACUACUUCUUGUCUUGUAACUCCGCCUCCUCAACCCCUCCUCCCUCAGGGGCUUCAGAGAGGGGAGGGGUUGAGGAGGCAGCGUGCUGAAUUCUUUGGUUGCGCACAUUUGGAGGCAAAAUCAAAUAUAUAAUUAUCGGAUUGCAUUAUCGGUUGAAUUUUUUAAUUAUCUGGAUUAUCUGUGUGAUGUCAUAAUUGCCAUUAUCGGCCGAUAGUUAUCGGUGACCGAUAUUAUCGUGUAUCUUUAGUCUAAAUGAGAUUAUGAAAAGUAUUCUGUUUGUCAUAAUUUACUGUUUGUUGGGCCUAAGAACUGCAUGUUUAAAGUUGAACAGACUGUACAAGUCAAUAAAAAUUUACAGUUGUCCGCAUCCAUAUUAACUUUCAGUAAUCAUGUUGGUGUUGCCUUGACCCACUUAACCCCCUCUAGCCAUGCCCACAAUUGCAAUUGUAAGCAUGGCUAUAUCACUCAAAGCUACUACUCAAAGUGCAUUAUGAAUACCCAGUCCAUGUUAUCAUUCCCAAUUUACAUCAACUUGUGUGAUACCCCAAUUAUCUAGACAAAAUCAAAAACUAUCCCCUAUGGUGGUCUAAAUACCACUAUUUGAGAUUCUAACUCUUCUUUUUUUUUUUUUUUUUUUUUUUUAAAUAAGCUUAAUAAAUGUUUACCAAUGCAACAUUCAACCCAAAAACAUUUAUAUGUCUUAUUAUUUCCAGUUUACAAACCCCUCAUGUCCAAUUCAGAUCCAAAACAAAGCCACUUAGCAAUAAUUAAAAUAUUUAUGUCUUGGAAAUUGAUGCCUUUUACUUUGUUCCUUAUGUCGUUCAAAAUAUGUAUCGUUCUCCCCUUUUGUGAAAAAAUUAGGUCCCCAGAAAAUAAUUGCAAAAUAACAAACCAGUGAAUAGGAUCAAUAGAAUAAAUGCAAGCC